CACGUUCAUCUUCAACAGAAUUUGGGCAAUCGGGAGAACAAAAUAAUCUUCGAAAUGGGUUUAAAUAUUUACCUUGUAAAUCAGAUAAAUUAUUUUCUUAUACACAAUAUCGAAACUCUGAAUUGAGACCAUAUGGAGUGCGACUUUCUAAAGAAGAUGCAAGUCUUUCAGUAUGGAUUAGUGGUGAUCAAUUAACUACCACAACUGAUCACGGGUUUUCAAUGGCAAGAGCCAACUGUCCCGUAAAAGAAGGAAAGUGGUUUUACGAAGUUUUUAUAGAUCGUGGAGGUGAAGGAAAAGUUGAUGGCAAAGAUGGUGCACACGUGAGAGUUGGGUGGGCACGUAGAGAAG